CGCCUCCCGCUGGGCACUGGGGCCAGGCGCGCAGGGAGGGGGUGGGCCCGGACUGCAUCAUUCCGCACCGGCUGCGGCGCGGCCAGAGGGAGCAGGUGGAGUGAGCGGCGGGCAGAGACCGGAGCGCGGGGUCGCGGCGACUGCAGUGACGCUGCCCGGGAGACAUGGCGGCCCAGCGCCUCUGAAUAAGCAGAAUCCCGAGCCCGUGGCCGCCGGGCCGCCGCCGGGGCCAUGCCGCUCGGCCGCUGAGCGCACGCAGGGGCCGGCCGGCCAGGAGGACGCUCGCGGCAGCCGCGGCCGCCUCGCCCCUGUCCUCGCCGCUGCAUUCUCCAUGUUGCGCUGCACGGCAGUGUCUCGGGCGGUGUAGCUACUGCUGCUGCCAGAGGAGCACACAGGACCCUGCUCUGCUCGUUCAUCCAGCCACACUUUUCUUUUCCAUUUUUUUAGCCCCUUCCCUCCCCAUUUCCUUCUCCCUUGCUCCGCCUGCCUGGCAUCCAUCUCCCCCGCCCUGUGACCCCCUCCCGACUCCGCGCACCGGGGCUAUGGCCGCAGAAGAGGUGUUGCAGACGGUGGACCAUUAUAAGACUGAGAUAGAGAGGCUGACCAAGGAGCUCACGGAGACGACCCACGAGAAGAUCCAGGCUGCUGAGUACGGGCUGGUGGUCCUGGAGGAGAAGCUGACCCUCAAGCAGCAAUAUGACGAGCUGGAGGCUGAGUACGACAGCCUCAAGCAGGAGCUGGAGCAGCUGAAAGAGGCCUUUGGGCAGUCCUUCUCCAUCCACCGGAAAGUUGCUGAGGAUGGAGAGACUCGGGAGGAAACGCUGCUGCAGGAGUCAGCCUCGAAGGAAGCUUACUACCUGGGGAAGAUCUUGGAGAUGCAGAACGAACUGAAGCAGAGCCGGGCCGUGCUCACUAACAUACAGGCAGAGAACGAGAGGCUCACCACGGUGGUGCAGGACCUGAAGGAGAACAAUGAAAUGAUGGAGCUACAGAGAAUACGGAUGAAGGAUGAAAUUCGAGAAUAUAAGUUCCGAGAGGCCCGGCUCCUUCAGGACUAUACUGAGCUGGAAGAAGAAAAUAUCACGUUGCAGAAACUUGUGUCCACAUUAAAACAGAACCAGGUUGAAUACGAAGGCUUAAAGCAUGAGAUUAAGCGAUUUGAAGAGGAGACGGUGCUGCUGAACAGCCAGCUGGAAGAUGCCAUCCGGUUGAAAGAGAUCGCUGAGCACCAACUGGAAGAAGCCCUGGAGACCUUGAAAAACGAAAGGGAGCAAAAGAACAACCUGCGGAAGGAGCUGUCCCAGUACAUCACCCUCAAUGACAACCACAUCAGCAUCUCCGUAGAUGGGCUCAAGUUUGCGGAGGACGGGAGCGAGCCGAACAAUGACGACAAAAUGAACGGCCACAUCCACGGGCCUCUGGUGAAACUGAACGGAGACUACCGGACUCCCACUUUGAGGAAAGGAGAGUCUCUGCACCCGGUGUCUGACUUAUUCAGUGAGCUGAACAUUUCAGAAAUACAGAAAUUGAAGCAGCAACUUAUGCAGGUAGAGCGGGAAAAGGCCAUUCUUCUGGCCAAUCUCCAGGAGUCACAGACACAGCUGGAACACACCAAGGGGGCGCUGACAGAGCAGCACGAACGGGUGCACCGACUCACGGAGCACGUUAAUGCCAUGAGGGGCCUACAGAACAGCAAGGAGCUCAAGACCGAGCUGGACGGGGAGAAGGGCCGGGUGUCAGAGGAAGAGGCACAUGACUAUGAGGUGGACAUCAAUGGCUUAGAGAUCCUUGAGUGCAAGUACAGGGUGGCAGUGACUGAGGUGAUCGAUUUGAAAGCUGAAAUUAAAGCCUUAAAGGAGAAAUACAACAAAUCUGUAGAAAACUAUACUGAAGAAAAGACCAAGUAUGAGAGUAAGAUCCAAAUGUAUGAUGAGCAGGUGUCAAGCCUUGAGAAGACCACCAAGGAGAGUGGGGAGAAGAUGGCCCACAUGGAGAAGGAAUUGCAAAAGAUGACCAGCAUAGCCAACGAAAAUCACAAUACCCUUAAUACAGCCCAGGAUGAGUUGGUGACCUUUAGUGAGGAGCUAGCUCAGCUUUACCACCAUGUAUGUCUGUGUAAUAAUGAAACCCCCAACAGGGUCAUGCUGGACUACUAUAGGCAAAGCAGAGUUACUCGUAGUGGCAGCCUCAAAGGGCCCGAUGAUCCCAGGGGACUUUUGUCUCCACGGUUAGCCAGGAGGGGGGUGUCAUCCCCAGUAGAAUCAAGGACCUCCUCUGAACCAAUUACAAAAGAAAACACUGAGGCCAGCAAAGAACCAAGCCCAACCAAGACCCCCACUAUCUCUCCUGUAAUUACUGCCCCACCGUCAUCUCCGGUAUUAGAUACAAGUGACAUCCGCAAAGAGCCAAUGAAUAUCUACAACCUUAAUGCCAUUAUCCGGGACCAAAUCAAGCAUCUGCAGAAAGCUGUGGACCGGUCCUUGCAACUGUCUCGUCAAAGAGCAGCGGCACGGGAGCUGGCCCCCAUGAUCGAUAAAGACAAGGAAGCCUUAAUGGAGGAGAUCCUCAAGCUCAAGUCCCUGCUGAGCACCAAACGGGAGCAGAUUGCCACACUGAGGGCCGUGUUGAAAGCCAACAAGCAGACAGCUGAGGUGGCACUAGCUAAUCUCAAGAACAAAUAUGAAAAUGAGAAAGCAAUGGUGACUGAAACGAUGACGAAACUUAGAAAUGAACUGAAGGCUCUGAAAGAAGAUGCAGCAACUUUCUCAUCCCUGAGAGCAAUGUUUGCAACAAGAUGUGAUGAGUAUGUCACACAGUUGGAUGAGAUGCAGAGACAGUUAGCAGCCGCAGAGGACGAGAAGAAGACUCUAAAUACUUUGUUACGAAUGGCUAUCCAGCAAAAACUCGCCCUGACCCAGCGGCUGGAGGACUUAGAAUUUGAUCAUGAGCAGUCGAGACGCAGCAAAGGCAAAUUUGGAAAGAGCAAGAUCGGCAGCCCUAAAAGCCGUCCCAGGACUCCAGGGGCUCCCUACCUACAGCCUUUAUUAAGAGUCCCCCCUGACCCCACCUCCACAGAGCCAUUUCUUCUGAAGGGCCCCCCUUCCAUGAGUGAAUUCAUCCAAGGGCACCGGCUCAGCAAGGAAAAAAGGUUAACGGUGGCUCCACCAGAUUGUCAGCAGCCUGCUGCCUCCGUACCGCCACAGUGCUCACAACUAGCCGGGAGGCAAGACUGCCCGACGGUCAGUCCUGACAUAGCUCUCCCCGAGGAGCCGCCACAUUCCAGCUCGCAGUGCGCCCCGCUCCGCUGUCUCUCCAAGCCUCCCGACCCCUCCUCUGCACCGCCCGCGGACGAACAUCUGGGGUGAACGUUUUGUAGCCACACCCAGGACACUGCCCAAGACCCAGCUGCUGUUUGCUUCUCGGUGGUUAGACGUUGUGGUGGGAUUAAUGCCCGUCACUUGGGAAGAUGAAAGAAAGUUGAGAAGAUUAACACAAAGCCCAGACUCCCGUGUGAUACAACGUAUUAUGGCUUCUCUAAGUCACAGAUGAACUUCUGCAAUGAAAUGGCCACAGUUCAAUGAAAUAACAAACAAACAUACAAAGAACACAGGACACGUAGCUCAGACGACUGGCUUUAUCUCGAUAGCAUAAGAGAGACCUAAGACCAUGUAAAAUACAUAUAUUGUAAAAUCAUCCUUCCUCAAACGUCACAUUCGGCUGUAGAAAUUGAUUCCAGCUUUUUUCACCAUUGGUAUUUAUUUUGUGCUUUUAUUUGCCACGUAGUUUAUGUCUAUAAAAAUCAUUUCUCUAAGAGGUGAACUUAAUUCAUUUAUUUUUAAAGAAGUAUCAUUUGCUCCAUUAAAUAUGAGUUGCAAUAGAGAUUGACAUCUGGUAUGGACCAGACUGUGGACAUUUUUCUUGCACAAAAAUGAUAAAUGAGGUGCAUCGGAAUGUUAACAGUAACUAUUUUGCUGCUACACUGAUAUUGUUUAUGCACUUACUUUCUAAUCAGCUCAUUAACUGCUGGAUUUUUUUUUUUUUUUUAACUAGAAGUCUUCACUGGACAUUAAGUAAAUCUAAGAAAGAGACUAUGUUAUGAUUCAUUGACUUAUUCAACUUUUGACGGCAUCUUUAGUUUUUUAAAGUUGCAGAUGAGUAGAUGCACUGGUGCUGCUCCUUUGUGUGUGUAUGUGUGUGUGAUGACGUUAAGGAGGCUGAAAAACAUGAGGGGGGAAAUGGUGUGCUUAUUUAAUGACCAGAGUUCUUUUUUUACUUCUCCCAAAUUCAGGGUCCUCCUAUGAGUCGUUCCCACUGAAAGGUAUCAAAUACAAAUGGGGAAAAUAUAUACAUAGAUAGAUGUAAGUUCGCCUUCAGUUAAUGAAUUUACCCAGAAAGUGUUCAAAUAGUGAUUAAAAUUGUAUGUGUUGUUGUUAGUUUUUUCAUAAUGAAUCUUCCUUGCCAAAAAAAAAACAAUAGAUAAUAAACUUUAGCUCAUUGUCUACUUUUGACAAACACUCAGGUGCCUACAAUCAUAUUAUACAUACUGAGAUCAUACAUGUUCCUAGUUCAUUUACAAAUUCUGCUGGGUAACUUAUGACUUGGUUUAAGGCAGUAGAUUUUCGUGGCAAAAUUUAGUUUGCACAUAAUCUGACACACAAGGAAAACAGCUAAUUGGGCUGAAAGGUCUAACAACUCUUGGGCUCCUUAACUACAAGUGCUGCCCACACAAUUGCUCCCAGCCCUGAUUCCUUGUCUAGUCAGGUAGCCUUAACUUAUUUACAAUCAUAACGGUUUGACCUGUUCCUGUAACAGUAUCUGUAACUUCUCUUUAAAACAAACACAAUCCUCACUGUUAACAGAGAAGAUGGUUAACAAUACAGGGCUCUAAUAAUGAAGAUCUCGUCAGAGCCACUCAGCCUAUUGAGCGGGAGUGGGUGGAACAUUGAUGGAAUGAAUGGUCCAUCGAGGGUGGCGGCCAAUCGGUAAGUCAUAAAGCACAGCGCAGGAGCUUUCAUCAGUCAUGCACCUGUGAAGUUGUGGUCACUAUUACCAAAGCAACCAAGAGGUUUGUAAUUUCUUAUAUAGGAGUGCUAUUUUCAACAGUGUCGUUUAUUAUGCAACUUGAAGUCGUUAGAAAUCUUCACCAUACAUAGAGAUUCAGGUUAAAGAAACAGAAAAAGAGACAAAUCUUCAUAAAGUCUCGAUCGUGGCAGCCUAGCCUUCUGUUUUCCCCCCACCUGCAAUGGCCUUGCUGUUCCUGAACACCUUCAUUUUAUUGGUGUUGUAUCUGCCCUGUACCAGUGUUAGUGAGACAGUGUGGAUUGUAUCAGAGUUCAAUUAAAGGUAGCUACUCCUCACCACUGCUUUCUCUUUUUUCCUUUUUGUUCUUUCUUUUUCAAGUAUUAUGUGUGUGGACCUGAGAAGUGGGAUAGCUGCAAAGUUGACUUUCAAUAAAAACUGUUUGUGCCUGAGGGAAAAUAAGCCAAUCUAAAAAGUACCUCAGAACAUCUUUCUGUAUUGCCUCAUCAGUUUUGUUGCUGGUGCAGGGAAUUCAGCAGUAAGCAUUGACUCUGUAUAACUAUAGCGCAGUCAUCCUACUGACAGUGCAGGAUUGCAUCUUUCUUGGUAUUUAUGCCCCAGUGAAAGGCCGGGUCACAGGCAACACUUUUUUUUUCUUCCAAUAGAAAUUUUAUCAAGUCUAUAUUAAUUUUUUCAGUUCCUUUUUAUGAACAGAAUGGGAAAUAUUUAUUUUGAAACACCAAUUCUAUAAAAAGGUUCAUUUUAGCAAAACUUUGCCAAGAAGGUAUAGAAACUUGGAAAUAAAUUUCUAAUUUUCGGGACAAAAGGAGGUCGUAGUCCCCAAGCAGUAAGAGAGAAUUCCAUGUAUUUACACUGUGGCAUCAUUUAGCAUAGUUUGAACUCAGCCUCAUCUAUAUUUAUUUAAAAUGAAUAAAUAUGUGUAGCGCUGAUAAAAAAAAUCAGUAUACGUGUAAAGAAUAUCAUGAUUGAAAUUGAAGUAUUAGUGGAAAACACAAACAAACAAACAAAAAAAACCCUCAGUAAAACCACUUGAAGAGAGAUGUGGGGGAAAAAGACUACAGAAAUACAAAAAUACCGGCUAAUUAUUUCAAACACAGUGGGCAAAGAUUAAAAGUAACUAGCAAGUGUGGUUAGCAGAGUAACCAGGUAAUUUUUAAAAAGUAAGCACAAUUACCACACUGAAAAGGACAAUAUGCAGAAAUGCUUUCUACUGAGGACUGUUUUUAGUUAAAUGAUAAAAUAAAAAGGAGCUAUAUCUUGUCUUUGGCCUGCGGGCCCAGGAGCAUACAGGACCCUCGGAUUAAUCUUUCUAAUCAUAUCCCUUCCAUCCAAUUCUGUUUCAAUAAGAGGAAUUUGGAUAACUUUGAGAAAUCAAAGUUAUUAAGUAGUUAAGAGAAGACCUAUUCAGAAAGGUUAAACUUUAGCCUAAGGAAGACAUAGACUAUUAAUCUGCAAGAAAAUGUAACCAAUGAUAGAUACCAGCUAUCGACAUUGUUAUUAAGACUAGAAUAAGAAAAACAGUCUUCAGUGUGAGGGAUUUAUAUUAACUCUAGGAAAGAGAUUCUUAACAGUGGUAAAUUAAUAUCAAAAUUGAUAAUUAUGAUGAUUUGUUUUUACAAAAUUAAAUAUUUAUUGUCCAGUAAGGAUUAACUUAAGUGGUAAGAUAUCUUAUGAUGUAUUAAAAUUCUAGGAUUUUAUAAUCCUAUUAAUCUUUUAUUUUAGAUUUAAAAAUAAAGUAUUCUGGUUAGCCAUAAAAUAUUUUAUUCCUUGAAAGUAGGAUAGCAAUCCUAAUUUUUCCAAAAUAUUUGGUAAAAAAUAAAACAAGAUUGUUGGUAUUUUUUCUUGCAGCUAUAUUUCAUAUCUUUAAAGUUAUCCAGAAUAUAGUAAUUUUACUAUAAAAAGCCUCAAUUGUCAGUCUAAAAAAAACCAAAUGUCCUCAGGAAUACUUUGGAAAUAGAAGGUUUGCAUUCCCUUAAAGGGGUAAAUGCCUCUCAAACAUUAUCUUUUCUUAAAAGAGUCUUCAAUCUACAACAUUUGCUUUUCCCAGGCUUUGGAAAAUAUCCAUGUACAGAUAGUCCUUCUGUCUCAAACAAGCAUGAAAUGUCGAUCAAAUAAACCAUAAAUGUGGACAUUUCCUGAUAUUCUGCAUUAAAUAAAAUCCUCUGCAGUCUCAAAUGGUAAUUACAAAAUGUAAAAACGAAAAAUGAAAUCUAUUUUCUACUGUGGUAAGAAUGGCAAGUUUAAUGUACAAUUGUUCUGUUCCAUCAGCCGAAAGACAUAAACUGUCUCUCAGAAAGGCACAUCAGGGGAAACAUGGAUUUCCAGGAAGCAGCUGUGCUGGUUCAACCAAGGUUGCCACAAAUGCACUGAUGUCGCAGAUAUAAAGCAGGACUGGGUUCAAAAGGAACUCCUAGAGAAAGUUCGCGAUUUUAAAUAUUGCCCCAUAACUUAUCUGUUUAUGAACCAGAGUGUUUUUAAAAUAGUCCUUGUAUUUAAUAUCACAAACUAUGUUUCCACAUAAAGGGAAGAACGUAAUUCUUCAAAAAGCUGUUGAACUGGUGUAGUGAUAGGUAGUAUAGUGAGUGCUGAUAUUGACAUAAUUUCCACCUUAAAAUCAAUUUCUGUGGACAUACAAGACUACUCUAGCUUCUGAAUGAACUUUUCCAUUGUCUGUAAUAAUGCCUCCAGAUGAGUGGUGUCUGAAAUAGAAUUCAACUUAUUUUAAAUACCAGGUUAACUGCCAUUGUUCCUGAUGUAUUUCAUUUGUAACCUGAUUCUAUUAUUUAACACCUGAAAGGUUUCCUCUAGACAGCUAUAGUUUUUACUCAAAAUAUAACUGAAAAAAGAUAUUUAGUAUUACAAUAUGUUCCUCAAUCAAGGAUUUUCCAGAAAUAAUCUACUUACGAAGAAGAGCAGCAAUGAACUGCCUUUAGUGUAAGGGUAUGAGUGCAUAAAAGUAUGCCGUGUAAAAUGUUUGCAUGAGAUAUUUCGCAUCAUGUAAGCUUUCCCAUAUUCAUAAUAUGAACAGUAUAGAAGUCUUAUUUCUUGUGAUUUCUCCAUUAGGAGUGUAAGGAGAUUGUUAUCUAUAUCUGGUCUCCUUUCCAUAUUGAAGUGCAUGGCUCUAAUCAGUAUAUUUUUAUUCCUUUCCUCUGGAGUUAUUUAAAUUUUGUCCUCUUUAAACUGAAACCUGGAUAAACUGCUGAGCCAGGUUAUUUCUGCGAUUGGAGUUUACUUGCUGUGUAACAUUGGUUGAGAGCACAUUCUGAUUUUAACUUUUUUUCUUUCAGAAUUAGUCUCUGAUCAUUAUGGUUGAAAACACUGAGAAGAAAAUCUGUGUUCUAAUGUGACUAUUUUUCUUUUUUCAAAGUCUUUUUAAAACAAAGAUCAGAGAACUAUAGAGAGAAAUUCCAUCAUUUUGUUGACAAAUCAUUAGUCGAUAAUAAUGGAAAUAUAGAAUGAAUCAUUUUGUUGUUUGGGUUCAUAGUAUGAUUGUGCACCAAAACUUAGAGAAAGUAAAUGACUUUAACAUCAUUGCCACGACAUUUUUAAACUGGAUGGUUUGACUGUUAGAGUCAAUUAAACAAUUCUUUGAAAACCUUUUAUGACAUUUUUAUAAUCUACUCAGUGUUUUUAUUUGCAUGAUUAUGUAUAUGGGAUGAACCGUACAUGAUUCCGAUACUGUGUUUCUUUCCAGCAUUAACAUUUGUGUAAUGUGUGGCCAACCCUGAUUUGUACACAGCAUGAUUACUGUUGUAAUUAUUCUGCUAUUUCCACCUUUAAUUGCAAUUUUGUUAUUAUGCCUUUUGGGGAUAAAUGAUGUGAAACAUUUCCACAAAAUGAGAAUAUCAUAUAAAAACAUGACUGAAAGGCUGACCUAAGGAAGUAUUUUUAAUAAUUAUUGCUAAUUAUUUUUAAAAAUUCAAAUUUCAAAGGAAACUUGUUCUCAAAGUAAAUAUAUGCAUUUAUUUUAAAUUCAAAAAAUUCCCUAUUAAUUUAUCAUUGCUGUCCUUUUUCAUUUUUUUUUUUUUAAAUUGUAGACAAUCCUAAGUGAAUGCCUCAUGGGAGAAUCCAUAUAUGUGCUUGCAUUUCUGUAAUCUGAUCAUGCACUCAAAUGGUUGGAAAAGAUACUCCAGUGCUAAGAAAAUAACUGAAGCCAAUAUAUUAAUUCUUAUAUCUUGGUUUAUGUUACCAACUGAAUAUGGUGUGAUGCAUAACUCUUCCCAGUAAAUAAACUGGUUAUCUUUUGUUCA